AAGAUGGGUUCUUGUGAAGUUAAGGUCCCACACAGCUUAGAUGCCAUUCUUAACAUUGCUGACGACCGGUCGCUGAUUGGCAAACGCCUUGAAGACCUGAUUCAUGACCUUCACGCUGGAGUUUCCCUCAAGGGAAAUAAAGAGCUAAAAUCCCUGUAUGAUCAUCUUCUUUCCUUGUUAAUAUUAAUAAUUUAGUAGCAAUCAACUUAAUAUUACAUCAAUACUGCAUGCAGAAGUAUUGGGUUCACAUGAUUACUAGUGCCAACGCAUUCGAGUUGUAUGCAAGGGAUCUCUUAAUCGAGCAUGCAGAUGUUAAAUAUCAUUGGAGUUGGAAAACAGAAGACAAUAUUGAGAUAGCUGAACUGGUGCAAGUACAUUGGCUUGAUGUGAAAACGAAUUUCCCAGCACAAAUGCUAACUCCAAGGACUUCUUACGAAGUUUUAUUUGUGUUAAGGAGGAACGAGAAAGCUAAAGAACUUACAAAUUCGAACCUGAAGCUCGUCCUCCCCAAUCAAAACGCCUCUGAAGUCACAGUAGAUUUGAGUACGCUACCAACUAACGAAUGGAAAGAAAUCCAAGUUGGUGGCUUUGAAUCUUCUUGUGGCAUGUCCGGGGACAUGGAAAUCUCUUUGUAUGAACACAACAGCCAGAUAAAGAAGGUAGGACUUGUGGUCAACAAAAUCAUUAUUCGCCCGGUAAUGAAUUGGAAGAAGCUUAGUGGCGAGAAUGACUGGGAGGGUCUCCUGAAUCCUCUCAACGUUGAUCUCAACAAGAAUAUAACUUUCUAUGGUGACAGUGUUCACGCUAUUUAUGACUCCAUCAGUAAAGAUGCCACCAGUCAGGGUUAUGCAUAUCCCAAAUACGGAGAACUUAUUUUCUCAAUUCGCCAGGACGGAUCCACCUGGAUUGGUUACGUUGCUGUGGCCACAGAUGAAGGAAAGAAAGUGCUAGGAAGGAGAGACGUUUUGGUUUGCUGGAGAGGAACCUCCAGUGACGGGGAGUGGUUUAAAAAUUUACAGAUCAUGAGUCCGAUCUAUCCUCAACUCAUAUUCCCGUUUGUCAGACAUCCUAAGGUGCACCAGGGAUUUUACUCCGUCUACACUGAGCCAAACCCAGCAUCGAAUAAAGAAGAAAGAAAUGCUAGAGAUCAGGUUUUGCAAGAAGUUCGUUCUUGGGUAAACGAAUACAAAGAUGAAGAAGUUAGCAUAACAGUGACAGGACACAGUUUGGGGGCAGCUCUUGCUACAUUGAAUGCAACUGAUAUAGUUUCCAAUGGAUAUAAUAUGCCCAAUCCCAAUCCAGGCAACAAGGAGUUCUUGGUCACAGCAUUUGUGUUUGGGAGCCCCAAGUGUGGAGACGAAGAAUUCAAAAAUGAAUUCGACAGGCUUACAAGAAACAAUUGGAAGCUCCGUCUCUUACGUAUUACAAAUGAUGAUGAUGCAAUUACUCGCCUUCCAAAAUUUACUCCUGUUAAAUUCGUUGAAGUGGGAAACGAGAUAACGAUUAGCACCACCAAUGCAAGUGAAGAUGAGGGUAACAAGGUCUCCACUGCUCAUAGUUUGAAGAAUUAUAUCAAAGAACUCUGCGUACUGCAAUCUCCUCUCUGUGCGUAAAUAUAUGUUAUAUAUAAUAUAAAACUAAAUAAUAAUACAGAGAAUCCAUCUCUGUUACUGUUAUGGAAAUAAGUUCCUUCCCUUCUGUAUACAGUUAGUGGAGGAGUCAGCUUGAGGUUUCUCUUGCUUGUUAGUAUGUUAAUGU